AAAGGGGCGUUGGAUCACAUGACUGGUUCCAUCCGGUCGUCGGUAUUAGAUUGUGCUUACUUUGGUGAUUUGGAAUCGGUGGGUAACUUGGUCAGAACAGGAAGCCUUGCAGCUCAGGAAUGGUAGAAGCUGUCGUGGACUUUUUACUGUCUCGAAGGGGUUUUGUUCUAGAUUGAAGAGAAGGGUUGAGUUCUGCAGAUUUGGGAAUUUUGAAUUGAGUUUUGUCUCGCUGGUUUGAUGAUCUACUGUAUCGAUGGCGUUCAAUCGUUUCUGACUGGAUUGGACUGAAGGGGAUCGUUUCUUACAGUUGAAUCUGUACUGAAUUGUUUUAUCGAGAGGAUUUGAAAUUAUGGAGAAGGCUGCCAGCGCGAAAGGCAGGCCCCCCAAAUCACGUUUAGCACCGGAGGUUUACUUCCUACCCCGGCGACCGCUGCAUGUUUCGUUGGGAAUAUACGGGACGAUCAUUUUGGCCGGGAUCGGAGCUGGAAUGGUGGUAGAAAAGUGGAUUUCGGCCAGAGUCGAAGAGGAUGGGGGAUUUGUCACUCUCGGAUCGAAGAAAGAGGAGGAGGUACUUACCGUUUCGCAGCACUGAUCAACGAAAUUGUGCUGGGGCCGUGAUUAGGGUUUUCGACAAAGCUGGCGCAUUCGAUCACCUCCGAUCAUCAUUCUAUUCUGAGCUUCGGCUGAUCGAGCUAAUACUUUCACGCAGUGCACCAAGGACCAGACGUUUGGUGACAAACUGUAACGAGAAGUAAACAGAUUUUGUGCGACUGGUUUGAAGACCUUAUAGUAUUAUCUUGUGGUGAGAAAGCAAAUUCAAAUGGAUCCCGCGAAGGCUUAUAUUGAAGCCAAGGAUGUUCUCUCUGUUUUCGUUCGGUAAGAUGAUGGCUCCUCCAUAUCGUGAGUGUUGUCUAGAGAAGGCAUUGGAUUGUUCAAGUCCAAGGGGUGGCUAAUUUGGUCAAAAUUGUGAAUGGUUUGACGAAAGCAAGCGUUCGUUCGGAAGUCAGAUUUACUAGUUUCAUCUGUGGUGUGCUUGGGUGACCUAGUCUUUGUUCUUCUUGAGAUAUAUACAGAUCCUCCAGUAUCAGCAAUUCUUUGCUUUUGUGAAUUGAAUGUUUGAAACGAACUGCUGAAGUGCACACGGCAUUAAUAGCUACAUUCUUUGAGGAAAUUGCAUCAGUCCUCCGCGAAGCACAUGCGACAUGAAGAUCAUGAAGUGGGCCUUCUGAUGUACCUUUAAGAGAGUCUGACGUGUGCCCAAUUUGAAUCUGCUCGAUGUGGUUUUGGAAAUCAAGUCGAGCAAAAUUCUUACCGUUUUGGGCAGUAACAGAUAAUCUGUUCAUGCCUGAAUUGUUCGUGACUGAUGAGCGUCAUCUGCGUGAGAUUGAGAAGAACUUUUUGAGUGCAGUGAGGAAAGAAGUUUGCCAAUCAAGUCUCUUUGUUCUUACAUACAUUUGAGUCGGCUCGACUCCGAGAAUGACAAUCUUUUCGAAAUUCCAGUCUCAAUAUUACCCCUCAGGUUUUAAGAAGAAAGAAGUGAGAAAAUUCUGGAAGAAGUGGACGUUAGAAAGUGCAAAAGCUACAAACCCAGUAGCCCAAAUUCCUUGAGCAAUUAAUUACUUUGAGUGCAGGUUUAACUCAUAAUUGCUGUUUUAACAGGACAAUAUGACAAUAAAGGUAUGCAUCAUACUUAUGUUCUAGCCUGCAUUGUGGUUUGAUCUGUAACUGUGCCGGCUUUCCUUAUAAAUCAUUGUUCUCCCUCACUCCUUCUCCACGAUCGAAUGCUGGGUGUUUUUGACAUCCUUUUUGCCUCAGCUUUUGCUACUUAGAGAACCUCAACUUUUUUAUCUAUGACUAGCAAUAUAGGAAUGUUACGACAAUUCUUAAACAACAUUCCUCGCCUUAAGAGGACAGUCGGUUAGUUUCAUGCGAAGUGUAGCGCUCCUGUUGAGUGAGGCUGGUCAUGUGUAGUAGCUUGUGAACACCCAGCAUUUAGUCCAGCAAUCUCCGGGCACUUCACGCAGGAGGUAAGCAUCUAACUUCGAACUUCGAACACGGGUCCUUGGUAUCUUUCCACCGUCCAUUUGUAUAAAUGUUAGAGAAUCCACGACUCGAGAGCGAUUACAAGCACAAUGCUUCAAGUCUAUGAAAACCAAGACAGAAUACAGACUGACUGAAAAGUCAAGAUUUAAGGUGUAUCUAUCGGUGAGUAGAUGCUGACAAUGACUUAUAAAAUGAAGAAGUUACCAGUUUUAGAUGAUGGAUGAAGUGGGUGAAUAGAGAAAAAUGAACGAGGAUCAUUCGAAGUGUCAUAUGCACAUACCGGA